AUGGGUUACAUCAACAAUGUCCGUGGCAACUGGCUGAUAUUCUUCAUCACUCUUGCUAACGCAGCUUCCAUGUCCUGGUUUGGAUAUGAUCAGGGUGUCUUUUCAGGAGUCCUGAUUUCCAAAGAUUUUAUACACUACUUCCCAGAGAUCAAAGAUCCAAACAUCUCGGGUAUCACGUCUAGUUGUUUCUCGCUUGGUGCCUUCUUUGGUGCAAUCUUCGCCUUCACCCUCGGAGAUAAGAUGGGCAGAAAGAGAACGAUUAUGCUUGGCCUUUUCGCGAACUCUGUUGGUGCUAUUCUCCAGAUUUCCGCAUAUCACCUUCCUCAGAUGAUCAUUGGCCGUGUCAUCAAUGGCUUCGGAAUGGGCUUGACUUCUGCGACUUGUCCCGUUUAUCAAGCCGAAUGUUCAAAGCCCCGUAUACGAGGAAAACUUGUCGUGGUCGGAAGUUUGUGUAAUACCGCAGCUUUCUGCCUCGCCAACUGGAUGAAUUACGCACUUUAUUUCAGCGGCGGUGCUUUACAAUGGCGCUUCCCGUUGGCUUUCCAACUUGUCUUCCCGAUCAUAGUCAUCACCGUCCUCCCCUUCCUACCAGAGACUCCUCGAUGGCUCCUCCUACAAGACCGACAAGAGGAAGCCCUCGAAGUCAUUGCCAGAUUGGCCGGCAAGAACGUCGAUAUCCAUGAUUCGGAGGUCAACGCCGAAUUUCUUUCGAUCAGGUCUGCAAUUGCCGCGGAGCGUGAGAAUCGUUUGUCGAUCAAGGAUGUCUUGCUUUUCAGAGAUAAGACCCAAAACUUCCGCCGCCUAUUAUUAUCUUGCGGAACGCAGAUGAUGCAGCAGUUCAGCGGUGUCAAUGCGCUUGGAUACUAUCUACCGACUCUACUGCAACAGAGCGUUGGCUUCGACCAGCAGAUGAGCAGACUAUUGACCGCCUGCAACGCCACAUCAUAUCUAGGGGCCGCCUUCUUAUGUUUGCUCUUGAUUGAUCUGGUCGGACGACGCAAGCUUAUGCUCUAUGGCUCCGUAACCUGUGGGUCUUGCUACUUGAUUGCAGCGUUGUGCUUACGCCAGGGUGGCAUCAAUCCUGCACAAAAUAAGGCUAUGGGUGCUGCCACAACCUCUAUGUUCUUCCUCUACUACUUUUUCUACGGCACAAGUUACGCGAAGGUUCCAUGGGUUUACAACUCUGAGAUCAACUCUCUGGGAUGGCGUACACGUGGUGCGGCUGCCGCAACAGCUACUAACUGGAUGGGGUCUUUCAUUGUGACUCAGUUCACCAAGGUCGGUGUGACGAAUCUUGGAUGGAGAUUUUACCUUAUAUUCGCCAUCAUUGUAUACUGCUACUUCCCCAUCGUGUACUGCAUUUAUCCCGAAACCUCGCGCCGCACCCUUGAGGACAUGGACGAGAUCUUCCUGCAGAGCAGCUCGGUGUUUGUGUUCCGCAACUCGGCGCUGACACAGCGCAACCGGCCACAGGUGUUCGUCGACGCUGAGAACCGCAGAAUCGCGGAGGGCUCCAAGGUUGACGGCGAGACCGUCUUGGAGGAGAAACGGCCUCAGGUCAGCACCCAUCUGGAGACCGCCACCCAGGCCUAA